CGUAGUCUUUUCUGUUGUCAUGGAGAUACGAGGGACCCAAAACCAGGCUACUGUGGCAAAACCUUUGGGUAAAACAAGAAAACGUGUGGAAAAGAUGCAGAAAUCAACGGAAAACGAUGACAGUAGUUCGGCUGAACAUUUCACAGAUAAAAGUUGGUCAUUAGCGGCAGAUGGAGCUGAGCUUCGGUUCCCUACCGACGACUGCUUUGGAGUUUACCUGGAAAUACAAAGGUAUGAAGGUGACACCCGUGAUGGACAGUUUCAUGGAGAAGGUGUUGCUUCUUAUGAAGGAGGACAUCUAUACAAGGGAAUGUUUUCUAAAGGAGUUAUGGAGGGGCUUGGUGUCCUUGUAUGCGCUAAUAGACACAAAUAUGAGGGUGAAUUUGUGCGGAACACUCCAAUGGGCCAGGGUGCGUUCACCUGGCCAGAUGGCAGCGCGUAUACGGGGGAAGUCCACAGUGGAAAAAGACACGGGACAGGGACAUACACAUGUCCUAAACAUGACGUGUCUUACACAGGACAGUGGCAUCGAGGCAAAAAGCAUGGGAAGGGCACCAUGUUCUUUAACAACAAGAAGUCCUCCUGGUAUAAAGGAGACUGGGUGAUGAACAGCAGAGAGGGAUCAGGAGAGCGACGCUACCGGUCUGGUGACACUUAUUCUGGUGGGUGGAAGAACAACAUGAGACAUGGAGAGGGCACCAUGAUCUGGGUGAACCUGGGACAGCGCUAUGUUGGGAAAUGGGAGCAUGGAGUCCAGCAUGGACUUGGGAAACACAUCUGGAUCCUGAAGAAUAGCAGUGGAACCCGUUAUUUCCAGAGCCCCCAUUAUAUAGGGAACUUCUUUAAGGGUCAGAGACAUGGGCAGGGAAGCUUUUACUAUGCAGGUGGUGCCAUCUACAAAGGAGGAUGGAGGAACAACAUGAAACAUGGACAGGGUAAAUUCACCACCAAGGAUGGGCGAAUUCUUGAAGUAGAGUUUGUGGAUGAUAAGGUGGCGACGGCCAGAUCAGCAGAUGGUUUGACUGUGUCAGAGAGGGACCUAUUCGUAGGAGAUGACAUGGCCAUCGACAUUGAAUAUCUUCUGGAGAAAAUUCCGAAGAGGAAUCACAAGACUGAGCUCAGACAUGUGAAGUCUGCGGUGUGGUGUCAUCGCACAGAGCUGAGGCUCAUCUAUGGUUUCUACUGCCGGCUCGGACGCUCUCCAGAUGACAGCUUGCUGAUGUCCCGUCUGCAGUUCUGGCGCCUGCUCAAAGACUGCAGCAUCCAUGCUCAUGAACUUACUCUGACACAGAUUGACUCUUUUAUCAGAGGAAAGGCCAGCGUAGCAGAGAUUCACUCCCCUUUCACCACCGUGCAUCUAAGAGAGCUCCUCAGCUGUCUUGUGGUUGUGGCCUACUACAUCUACCAUGAAGACAUGAUGUCACAGAGCUACCUUCUAGCCUCCUGCUUCUCCAAACUGCUGAUUGAUGACAUCCUCCCAAAUGCUACAAAAGUAAAAGGCUUCCUUUUUAGGCAACCAGAAUUUGCAGUAGAGGCUCUGAAGUACACAGAGAGGUGCUGGGAAGUCUUUGAGACCUUCUGCGGGGUCUACAUGCCCCACAGAGAUGACCGGACCAUGACUUUCAGACAUCUGAUGUUGAUGUUCAAGCAUCUGCGUCUGUUGGACGACCAGCUGACCUCGACGAGACUUGUGAAGAUCAUAACUGCCGAAAGAGUUGACCCCCCCUGUGUGGGACUGGAGAUUACGUUCCUGGAGUUUUUUGAGGUGCUUAUUGGCUGUGCAGAAGUUAAAUGUCUGCAGGUUUCUGAAACUCCAGAGGAGGACCAGGUUCUUCUCACAUCAGACAAUAAGUCCACAGAGAAUCUACCCGAGGAGACUGAUGAUGCAAAUGGUCAUUCCCAACUGACAGGAAAUGUCACCUCUGAGAAUGUGGAAACUGGAGAAAUGAAAGGUCAAGAUGAACACAUUUCUCCACCUGCAGAGCAUGAGGCACGUCUACAUGAGGAAGAUGUUCACAGCAGAAAGAGCCAAACCCAUCUACUGCUGCAAUUCCAGCUGUUCCUCGAACACCACCUCUUCCCCGCAGUUGCUUUUUACCAGAAAGUGACUGAAAAGAUGGAGAUGCUCCUCAAGGAGCAGAACAACAAAGGACCGUGAGGAAGUACAAGUUAGGAGUUUUAAUUGGUGUGCAAUGUUGUUUUUUUUCUUGUUAGAGUGUUUGAAUUUGAUCCUUUGUGCCAAAAAGCAGCAACCAAGGAAACUUUAUUGCAGAUUAUAAAGAGAAACUCUAAAAACAGAAAUCUUCUAUGCUUUACUUGAUACAUCAACAGUCUUAAAAAAAAAAGCAAA